AUGAAUAUUUUACACGAUAAUGAGGAAGACUAUGGAAAGGUUGUGAAUGCGGACGAAGGCAAUCAAGCGCAUCUUUCUCAUGAAAUCGUUGCUUCAGACGCAUCAUAUAAGGCUUUGGAAACAUGGGGAAAACAUCAGGCUUCUACUGGUGCGGAGGUGAACCACGGAAAGAUGAAGGACUUUCUUGCCGGUGCAGCUGGUGAAUUCGCUGUUAAUAUAGCGGAAAGCAAGGGUAGAGACAUUCUAGACAAAAGGGAGUAG